GGACGAAGAAGUCAUCUCUCACGGGGCCGAUCAGCUCCCGCGUGUGAGAGACCACGCACAGCCACUUCUAUGUUCGCAACCGGAGUGUGUCCCUUCCACGCAUGGUGAACUGUUUCGUCGGUUGUCCCGGGAAAUAGGACGCGCGACACGACCACGAUGCGUGUCCUGUGGAUCGCAGCCGUAGCGGCGGUGCUCUCCGUAUGCCGUGCGCAAACGUCCAAUGAGAGAAGCAAGCGGGCGAUACUAGCAAAAUCUAGUUUCGGUGGAUACAACUAUGAGCCGCCGGAGGAGAAGUUCACCUUACCGCCACGCUCCCCGCAGCCACCAACGAGACCAACUGGAACGCACGGACCACCGGUCACCACGCCGGGGUAUCACUACGACACGACUCCGAGGUACACUCAGCCUCCGACCAGGCCCCAUGACGUCACCAGGCCCCACGACGUCACCAGACCCCAUGACGUGACCAGACCGACGGGAGGAUACACGUAUCCGUCGCCGACGCGGCCAUCGUAUGGUCCGCCGACGGGCCCACCGACAAGGCCCACCGUCACGCCAUCUUAUACGCAGUCGCCUAUAGAGUUUACACAGCCGCAUGGACCAUCGCCGCCGCCUACUUCCAGGCCGCCGGUCAUCGGAUACGAUUACCCAGUGCCGAAGGAGCCGCUAAGGCCCCCGAGCAGGCCGCAGUUUCCACCCGGGCCACCAGUGAGGCCCCCAUCUCCUCAGCCGCCGAGGCCAGAUUUCCCACCAGUGAGGCCCCCAUCCCCUCCACAGCCUCCGAGGCCAGAGUUCCCACCAGUGAGGCCUCCAUCUCCUCCACAGCCUCCGAGGCCCGAUUUUCCGCCAGUGAGACCGCCAUCCCCUCCACAGCCUCCCAGGCCAGAUUUUCCUCCGGUGAGACCGCCAUCCCCUCCACAGCCUCCGAGGCCAGAUUUUCCGCCAGUGAGACCACCAUCCCCUCCACAGCCUCCGAGGCCAGAUUUUCCGCCAGUGAGACCCCCAUCCCCACCACAGCCUCCGAGGCCUGAUUUUCCGCCAGUGAGACCGCCAUCCCCUCCGCAGCCUCCGAGGCCUGAUUUUCCGCCAGUGAGACCGCCAUCCCCUCCGCAGCCUCCGAGGCCAGAUUUCCCGCCAGUGAGGCCCCCAUCCCCUCCACAGCCUCCGAGGCCAGAUUUUCCACCGGUGAGGCCCCCAUCCCCACCACAGCCUCCGAGGCCUGAUUUUCCGCCAGUGAGACCGCCAUCCCCUCCGCAGCCUCCGAGGCCAGAUUUUCCGCUGGUGAGACCGCCAUCCCCUCCACAGCCUCCAAGGCCCGAUUUCCCGCCGGCAAGACCUCCUCCUAGAUAUCCAUCGACUGGUUACGAUUAUUCGAUACCGUCGGUGACGUUCCCACCACCAGCAAAGACGCCGCCACAUUUCCCGCCUGGUCCUCCCCCUACCAGACCGCCAGCGCCGCCACCGCAGCCACCUAGGCAGCCGUCUUCACCUUACUUACCACCAUUCCCGACGCAACCACCGGUCAGACCACCGCCACAACCACCAAAGCCACCUACACCUUAUGUGCCCCCUGCGUCACCGCCGACGCCUUACCUGCCGCCGUUCCCGACGCAGCCGCCAAGGCCGACGCCACGACCGCCCCAGCCUCCGCCCACUUACCCGGCGCCGCAGACGCAUCCACCACUGCCGCCGUAUUUCCCACCGUCACCGCCGCAGCCUCCUACCAGGCCGCCUUUCCCACCACAACCGAAGCCUCCAUCCCCUCCAGUGACCCCUCCGAGAAAGCCAUCGACGGGAUACGAUUACCCAAUACCAUCGCCGACCUUCCCACCACCGCCGAAAACGCCGCCGCACUUCCCACCCGGCCCACCUCCCACCAGACCUCCGCCGCCGCAACCACACCCACCAAUCCAGCCGUCGACGCCUUAUCUACCGCCCUUCCCACCGGCGCCACCCACUAGGCCACCCUCUCCGCCGCGGCCGCCGCAGCCGCCGGUGACCCCAUCGACGCCUUACCUACCGCCUUUCCCUCCGCAGCCGCCUACCAGACCUCCGCCACCACCGCCCAAACCACCGACGCCUUACAUACCCCCAGAACCUCCUGUGACCAGACCUCCACAUCCACCAAAGCCCCCGACACCUUAUAUACCCCCAGAGCCACCUGUGACCAGGCCCCCGCACCCACCGCAACCUCCAAUCAGACCGCCGUCUCCGCCACAGACGCCGAAGACACCAUCGACACCUUACCUCCCCCCGUUCCCGCCUCAGCAAACUACCAGAUACCCCCCUCCACCACCGCCUCCGCAACCUCCACAGCCACCCACCAGACCUCCUCCCCGCCCGCAGCCUCCAACACCGUCGACACCUUAUCUCCCACCCUUCCCGCCGCAGCCGCCUACCAGACCUCCCCCUCCACCACCGCCCCAGACGCCCAGGACCCCGCCAACCAGGCCCCCACGACCACCAACACAACCCAACACCUACCUGCCGCCGGACCGAACGCAGCCUACGACAAGACCGUCUUAUGGGACCCUUCCAACGAGGCCCGACGUGACCACGCAGAGGUUCACUUACGGACCCACGACGAGGCCCACUUAUGGGCCCACGACGGGACCUACUUAUGGACCUACGACGAGGCCGACCUAUGGACCCACCACGGGGCCCACUUAUGGGCCUACGACCAGGCAUACUUAUGGACCCACCACGGGGCCUACUUAUGGACCCACAACGAGGCCGACUUAUGGACCCACGACUUCUAGACCUACGACAUACUAUGACUAUACUACCAGGCCCUCCUACACGACCUCUCACGUUCCAACGAGGGGACCUUCCAGCUAUCUACCACCUGAUCAUAGCAUUACGUACAACACCACGCCUAGGCCUACCUACACCACGCCUAGGACUACCUUCACCACGCCUAGGGAUAUCUACACCACGCCUAGGACCACAUAUACCACGCCUAGGGAUAUCUACACUACGCCUAGGGAUAUCUACACCACGCCUAGGACCACCUACACCACGCCUAGGGAUAUUUACACCACGCCUAGGACCACCUACACCACGCCUAGAGACAUCUACACCACGCCCAGAACCACUUACACCACGUCAAGGGUCACCUACCCGAGUCCAAGGCCCACGACCCACGGUCCCACGGGGCCGUCGUCGUACCUGCCGCCGAACAGCGAACGACCGAGCACCCGACCGGAGCCGUACCUCCCUCCCUCGAGCCCGACGCCUCCGCGCGUCACCGUGACUCCGCCCCCUCCGCCCACGCCCAUCUACACGCUGACGCCCACAUCGACCGAGUACACGCCUCCGCCGACCGGCAGCCCGGCGCCGCCGCCUACGCUCCCGCCCACCACGAAGCGGCCGCUCGGCUACUUCUACGAGGUGCCGGAGAAUCCGCUCGAACUGCCGCCGUUUGUCCGAUGAUGGGCCGCCGUCGCGGGCGGUCCCAGCGAACUGCGUGUCAUUCUUUUGUAAUCUCGUUUUUUUUACGUACGAACCCCGCGUUGUAAAGUAAGAGCUAUUUAUGGUGGCGCCAACGGGAGACGAGGCGUCACGGUGCAGCAUAGAUCGCGCCACGUCGAUCAUAGAUCGCUGUGAUCACUAGGGACGGAUUUAUGUCGUACGGCGUGUCAAGGUUAUUUGUCGAGGACCCAGCCGCUGUAACGUUUGUGAAAGCCGAAUAAAAAGUAUCUUGGCAAGCCACCACCGUGAACCGUCUUCCACGCGUAACCGGAACGUUCCGAUUCGGUUCGUGUCGAGCAUGUAACCGGCCGGUCAAUAAAGUUUCUAUGAAAUGGUAA